AUGAUUGUGCAAUUAUUUUUUUAAUUCUUUCCAAUUUACAUUCAUCUAUAAAUAAUCAAUUUAUAACUAAAGGUUAGUUUUAUUACUGAAAAUUCAUUUAUUGGGAUUACAGGUGAUUAAGGAAUAAAUAUGAUAUAUUUAUUUGAAUUAAUUGAAGGUAUAUAUUAAGAGAUCUAACAUAAGUCAAUUCAAUUAAUGAAUAAUGAUUAGGAUUAUGAUGAAUAUUUCUUUCCUAUCAUAUAUAAUAAAUAGAGGAACUUGAUAUUUGUAAGACAUAAAUCAUAAAUUUAUUUAAUUAAAAAUAUUAAUGAUGGAAACUUUAAAAUAGUUGAUUAAUUGAAUUGUAAUACAUUAGAUAUUUAUGGGACAAUAACAGAUAAUGGACAAUAUUUUGUUUUUUGGGAUAUUAAAAUUAAUGGAUAUUCAAUUUAUGAAUUAUAAAUUUAAUGA